GUCACACGAGAGAGAGAGAGAGAGAGAGAGAGAGAGAGAGAGAGAGAGAGGUUGCGAUAAUGGAGGCGAAGAAGAAGGCGGGGAGUGAGGUUCCGGUCGAUUUCCGGAGCGAAUGUGACGUCACCCCCGUUGGUGAUGUCGUUCUCUCCGAAUCGGGCAACCGGGGCAAGGACAUCGGGAAGGAAUCUUUGAGGUUGACGUCAACACCGUCUUCUGAAGCCCAGUGGAGCUCCUGGCCAUGUCGGGACCGCCGGACACGGUCAAUCCUGUCAGCUCGGUCAACGUGGUCAGCUCGGUCAACGUGGUCAACGCGGUCAACGCGGUCAACGCCAUGCACGUCCAUGGUGGGGACGCGUCAGGCCGCGGUUGGUCGGUCAGUGGCGGCCGCGAUGACGUUUGCAUUCGUCGCGGCGUUGUUUACCGGAGACACGUUCCAGCGUCGGGAUCUGCUAUUUUUGGAUGAAUCAGAGGACGGUUAUGGGAGGAGAGAGACGCCGGGCAUGGGGAUCCCGACGUUCUCAGGGGUGCCAUGGUUGUUGAUGGCGGCGGCUCAGCAGUCGCCUACUCCCGGUCCGCCUACGGGAGAGAUUAUGAUCCCGUCGACUUGGACGAUCUUGACCGUGAAUACUUCACAAUCUUCAGGAACGUGGGCCGUGGAUGGGGCUACGUCCGAAUUUCUCCGAGUCAGCCUGCAACCCAAGUCGUUCAAUUUGACCGGGGUCGUUAACAUAACUGUGGACCGGUGCGCUAUCGAGCGCUACUCUGCGAACGUGACCUGGUUCGGUCUGGAUACUGUCGAGCUCUCUCCUGUUGGUCCUGUUGGGCCCAGUGUCCCGAUUACGAUUCAGUUCGUCGGCCCAGCGCUUGACCAGAGUUUUCCCCGACCUGAAAAUGCGAGUAAUUUGUUCGACGUAACGGCGUCUAACGUCACAUUCAAUCUCACAGGGACUGGAUUUCCAGUAGGCCGGACGGGUAUCGCUGUCGGUACAGAGCUCGCCAACUACUCUGCAUACCUCUGGGGCUCAACUGUGACAUUCUCGACGAUAAAUGGAUCGAUGAUCGCGGGCUUCAACAGAACAGCGUAUCGUAACUUUGCACAGUCACCUGCAGAGCUGUCAGUCGACUGGCUGAAUCAGAUGAGUGGCCAGAUGGUGAAUUAUGGAGAUCUGGGACAAUGGUUGCAGAUGAACGGUACAGUGAACCUGGGACUUCCACUCUGGGAGUUUGCAAACGUGGUGAAUGCCAGCGAUUCGUGGUUCGCCACACAGCUGGCUACCGGUGGUGAUUCUAGCUCUUCUGCGCGUCUAGAAACCUCGAGCAGGUUUUCAGAUGUAGAGUUGGAAGGUGAUUCUAGCUCUUCUGUGAAGGCAAGCUCGGUUGUGAGAUUGACCUUUGCCGUCGCUUCAAAGCUUGAAGGCAAGCUCGACUUCUCCGCAGAGUUUGACUUCUCAGCAGAGUUUAACUUCUCAGCAGAGUUUGACUUCUCAGCAGACUUUGACUUCUCAGCAGAGUUUGACUUAGACCUCCAUUUCAGAGCUUGAACUGUUGACUUCUGUUUAGGGUUGAAAAGUUUUGAAUUUCAAUAAAAGUCUAAUCUUCUU